AUUAAUAUUAAUAAGUCCUUGGCGGAAAAACACAAACACGAGGCUAGUCCUUUUUGUAGCUAUUUAUUUCAGCUCAGUAUAUUUCAAAGAAUUUAUUUAAUGAACAGCGAAACUGAAAUGCACCUCAGUGCUCAGCAUCGAUCGAUGUGUGAUGUCUAAUGGCGGAUGUUGAUGAGCUCCCAUCUAUGCUGUGGGGUCUGGACACUGUCUUCUCAGCAUACUCCAAACUUUACAUCAUAGACAUCCUAGAAAUGGGGGAGUCCAGACAAGUGCCUGGUGUUUACUUCUAUAAGACUCAUCCAGUAUCCCAGGUGGAUGUACUUGGGACAGUUGUUUGCAAGAGGGAGAGAGAAGAUUUCUAUUGCUAUGGAGUGGACGAUAGUACUGGUGUUAUAAACUGUCUUUGUUGGAAAGAUGAGAAAUGGAGAGAUCAGGGGGAACCAGCAACAUGCAGAAAUUCUAGUGUAGCCUCUGGAGGAUUUAAUAUUGAAGAUGAACUCAGGCGGCUGAAGGAGACUCAACGGAAGAGCUCUGUACUCGAGAUCGGAGACCUGCUCAGGGUUCGAGGAGCUGUCAAAACCUCUCGGGGUCAGAGGGAGAUUAAAGCCUCCUGCUUUUACAAAGUGGAUGACCCUUUGAUGGCCGUGCAGAUCUCACGUAUGCUGGAAAUGCCUCAGCUGUACAGGAAGUGGUACGAUAAGCCGUUCCAGGUACCAGGUGAUGAGCUGGGCGCCAAAGAGGCAAGCGGUUCUACAAAUUUCCAGAUUUUGGUGUCUCGAUCAGUUGUCACCCUUCAGGAGUUCCUCUCUGAGAAAGGGGUGGCCAGAUUUCGACCUUAUGAUGUUGAGUUCCUUUUACAUCCACUGGUCCAGAACGCUGUGACAGACCAGGAGUCAGAUCAGCCCGGGCCGUCAUUUCCCUCGCAAAUCCGAAAUGUGUUGAAAGAGACCCUAGGCCUCCUCCAGGAAGACGGAAAAAUAUUCCGCAAAAUUCGAACCCAGGAUGAAGUCUACAAUGUAACUGAACAAGACAAAGAUCUCCACACAGUGAUCAAGAACAUUUUACGAGAAGAUACUAAAAGGGAAAAAUAUGCUGAGAAAGGAUGUCAUAUCCUGCACUUAUUGUCCAGCAUAAGACAGCACUACAGCCAAAACAUAAGUCGCGAGGCCCUGCAGGCGGCACUGACGUUCUUGGAGUGCAACAGCGACAUUAUCAGCACAACUGAAGCUCACUACACCAUUCUGUAGCUUUAGUGUUUUAAUAAAAAAAUGUUUUUUUUUCACCCAGAAAUGAAAAGUUUUGUCAUUGUUUAUUCGUCCUUGUAUCGUUCAAACCCCAGUGGAUAUCUUUGUUAUUCUAAACCAAAGCAAACAUUUUAAAAGCGUUUUUUGUUGACAAUGGUAGGGUAUUGUGAGCAUCGUUUCUGAAGCUUCAAAUGGAAGCAUUCUCAAAUAACACCAUGCAAUAUUCCAAGUGUCCCAAAGGCAUACGAAUGGACAAAAAUAUCUGUUUUGGUCCUGAAAACAAAGAAAGCCACAGUAGGUUUGACCAACUUAAAGAGUGUAAAUGAUGUAAUUUUUUGCGUCAACUAUCCCACUAAAGAAUAAUGUUCAAAUGAUUAAACUAUUCUAUUUAUAAAGUC